UUGAAAGGCUCUAGCAGGCUGAUUCCUCAGCCACUUCAUAGCUAACAGGGUGUUCUACUGGGUACUAUCAUUGACUUGAUACGCUAUGAUGCUUGUGCUCUUUUUAAGGGUCAAUUUGCUCUGUUGUUUACUGUUUGGAGGCUAUAGUGGUUAUGCUGCCCAAGUUGGUUAUGGAUAUCCUCAUGGAGCUCCUAACGGCUAUAAUGGAGUGAUUUUCCCUCGCGUCAGUUCUUCUGGUCAGUAUAGUCAUGUCCUUAGACACACAGGCUAUAAGCCCAGUGAAGGACCACCUGAGAUUGAACAGCAAGAACUGGUCCCAUGGAUCAGUCAGCAACAGUAUGUCCCGUGGAUUAAGCAGAACAACUGGUUAACCAACCUACAAGACCAGGUCCCUGUGAUCAAGCAGCAAGAACCAGUACCUAUGAUCAGCCGCCAAGAAGAGGUCCCCUGGACAGAGCAGCAAAAAUGGGUCCCUGUGAUCAGACGGCAAGAAAAGGUCCCCUGGAUAGAGCAUCAAAAACGAGCCACUGUGAACAAGCAACGAGUAAAGGUCCCCUGGAUAAAGCAGCAAAAACGGGUCCCGGAGACAAAGCCACAAGAAAUGGUCCCCUGGAUAGAGCAGCAAAAACAGGUCCCGGAGACCAAGUCGCAAGAAACGACAUCCUGGAAAGAGCUGCAAAAACAGGUCCCAGUACUCAAGCAGCAAGAAAUGGUCCCCUGGAAAGAGCUGCAAAAACAUGUCCCGGUACUCAAGCAGCAAGAAAUGGUCCCCUGGAUAGGGCAGCAAAAACUGGUCCCGGUACUCAAGCAGCAAGAAAUUGACCCCUGGAUAGAGCAGCAAAAACUGGUCCCGGUGCUCAAGCGGCAAGAAAAGCUCCCCUGGACAGGGCAGCAAAAACUGGUCCCGGUGCUCAAGCGGCAAGAAAAGCUCCCCUGGACAGAGCAGCAAAAACAGGUCCCGGUGCUCAAGCGGCAAGAAAAGCUCCCCUGGAUAGAGCAGCAAAAACAGGUCCCGGUGCUCAAGCGGCAAGAAAAGCUCCCCUGGAUAGAGCAGCAAAAACAGGUCCCGGUGCUCAAGCGGCAAGAAAAGCUCCCCUGGAUAGAGCAGCAAAAACAGGUCCCGGUGCUCAAGCGGCAAGAAAAGCUCCCCUGGAUAGAGCAGCAAAAACAGGUCCCGGUGCUCAAGCGGCAAGAAAAGCUCCCCUGGAUAGAGCAGCAAAAACAGGUCCCGGUGCUCAAGCGGCAAGAAAAGCUCCCCUGGAUAGAGCAGCAAAAACUGGUCCCGGUGCUCAAGCGGCAAGAAAAGCUACCCUGGAUAGAGCAGCAAAAACUGGUCCCGGUGAUUACCCGGCAAGAAAAGCUCCCCUGGAUAGAGCAGCAAAAACUGGUCCCGGUGAUUACCCGGCAAGAAAAGAUUCCUGGGAUCAAGCAGCAAAAGCAUAUCAAGGCUGAACUGGAAGAACCGAUCCCAAUGACUGAUAAGCCAGAAGGUAAUGCUGUUAAGCUGAGUGUUGGCACCUCUUUCUCAAAUCAAUAUCUACCUUCAUCUAGCAUUAUUCAGACUUACAACAACUAUGAACGAGCAAGCGUGGUCUUUUCCAAUACGCACUACUCUCCAAGAGACACCUCUCAGCCCUCUUUCAGUUGGAUCCCAGACAAAUUCAGUAGACCUUUGCCAAACCAGCACCUCUUUAGACCCAGUGCAGGUUCCAUACAUGUAAAGUAUAUUUUCUGAUAUGUCUGAUUCUAUUGGCUUUACAUUUAUAAUGGCUUUAACGUAAGUUUCAAAUCGUUGCAUUAAACCUGGUUUUGCUGUGAUUAUUUAGAACUAACAGUAGAAGUGGCAUGAAGUUCAAGUCCUGUCAAUCUGUGAGAACAUCUCAGCUUAUGCUUAUGCUUAGUAAGGGAGUUGCUUUUCUGUGCUUUGGGACAGGGCAGAGAUUAUACGGUCAUACAACACCUCUGGUAUUAAAUCAUGCGUUUCUAAAUCUAUAGGUUAUACUUGGAUGCUCUAAAAUGACAAUGUCCAAUAAAACAACUUGAAUAUU